UCAUAAAAACCAUGUGAUUUCUUGUAAAGAGCAGGGAGAGAAAACGAAAGUGAAAAAGGUUUUCAGCAGAAUAUAAAAGAACAUCUGAACAGCUGCAGUUCUCCAGUCAUCUUUAGGAGAGCGAAGAGAGAGUAAAAACAUUUUUCUGAAAGACAGUCGGUCCUCGAGCAGAUCUUCUGCAAAGACAAACUUAAACAAUCAGCACAAGUGUGAUGCUAAAGAGUCUGCUAGCACAAUGGAGGGGUGGAGACUUAAACAUGCAUCUGUGCCAAAUAUCGAGGGUGAGAAAGAAGAGGUUCGUACAUCAACAUCUGGGACCAACCUGAAGAGGCUUUUGGAGGAUCUGGGAUUGCAUCAGUUCUACAGGGAUAAGCUGUCACUCAGUAAAAUACUGGAGAUCAAUGAGAAGACCAUCAAUGAUGAGCCUCCAAAGUGUAAAUCUGAUCUUAAAUGGCAUUUUCUCAAGAAACUGAUGAUGGUGAAUGUAACAGCUAGAAAGAUAAAAUCAGUUUCUAUGUCUAACCAAGAUGAUAAAUUAGAACCUGAUGAGUUAAAUUUUGAUGAUCUGCUUGCCAGUCCAAAUAAGGGUGACUCUGUAAAUCCUCUUGAUAUAAUCACUGCUCUCUUCUUGUGUUCUGAUGGGUUUGUUCAGCAAGAGUUAGCUCUAAAAAUGUCCAUGUGUCAGUUCUCUGUUCCUCUGCUGCUUCCUAACUGUGAUACACAGCAGUGCACCCUCAUGCUGUGGGCCAUGAGAGACAUUGUUAAGAAGUACAGACCUUCAGAUCUUUCAGAAUCAAAAGGCUUCAUAGAAGAAAGAAUAGUUCUUUCUGAACUUCCAUUCGUCUCAUUUGUGAGACUGGGUGAGUGCUCUCUGUCCAAAUCAGAGAUCCUCAAUAAACUUCUGAGUAACUCUCAGCAACACCAUGACACCUUUGUUCACCAUGACAUGGAGUCUGGAGACAUUCAGAGAAGAAUAUCCAAUGGACUGACUGAAAUGACCUGGUACCUUCCCUGUGGAAACAAAAACAUGGACAUCUUCAGUGAGCCAGUUGCUAUAGCUAACCUUCGUGGAGACAUUGCUUCAUUUGAAACUCAAUUUUCCUUUUUGUGUCAAACAUCUGCUGCAGUUUUUGUUUUCAUCGAUCAGCUGGACUCUGAGUGCCAAUUACUGACUAACAAAAACCACAAGGCUCAAAUCUUCUUGGUGGGAAACGAACAGAGCAAAACCUUCAGAGUUGAUUUUGUUAAAAAACUGGCAACCAGUCUGGCCUUGACUAAAAAUAAUAUUCUAAUAAAGACAAAACAAACAAAUGAUGCAGAUUUUGUCAUAAAAUUGAGGAAAAGAGUCAGUGAUGUAAUUAAUAACCCACAGAGUAAAAUGUCUGUAGAGCAGAUGGCUGAUGUUGCACAUGAACUGGGAAUCACAGUAGAUGAAGGUUUUUCAAAAUGCAAAACUGGAAAGAUGAAAGCUGAUGAAAUCACUGCAGAGAUUAAAGACAUACUGAAAUACAAAAAAGAUCAACUUCAGUUACAAGGUCAAAUAUGGAAGGAACUUACUUGUUUAGAAAAGGAAGAAUUUCGUCUUCGAAAAGUUGGUUCAGAAAACAUAGAAAAUUACAAAUGUAAACUUCAGAGAGACAGAAAAGAACUGAGGAAAAAGCAAAAUGCUUAUGGGAUGUCCAGGGCAAUGACAAGCUUUAUUAGUGCAAUAUCCAGCCCACUUAGAGAAAGGUGUUAUUUUCUGAAAUGGAUGCAAAUAAACCUCGACAACUUGUCUCGAAUCAAAUUUUCUGGCCUCAGGGAACUUUACAAGGAAAAAUGCAGGGAUUUUGAGAACAAAGAAGAGAUUAAAAAAAUAGACCAACAACUUUCCAGCAGCUCACUGGGAGUUGAGCACUUCUUCCGUGAAAUGGGUCAGAUCUAUGAAGCUUCUCUUUACCUUCCAGAAACAGAUCCAUCACGUCAACAACUGCAACAUCUGCCCAAACUCUGUGCUCAGUUGUUGCUGGAUGGAUUUCCUCUUGAGCUUGUAGAUGGAGAUGCUUCCAACAUUCCUCUCAGAUGGGUGAGUGAUGUUCUCUCUCAGCUCAAUGACUUGGUGUCUCCAAAGAACAAGAUACGGGUCGUCACAGUUCUUAGAGUUCAGGGCACAGGGAAGUCCACUCUCCUUAACACCAUGUUUGGAGUUCAGUUUGCAGUCAGCAGUGGUCGAUGCACUAGAGGUGCCUUCAUGCUGCUCAUCAAAGUCAAUGAAGACUUCAAGAAAGUUCUCAACUGUGACUUCGUGAUGAUCAUCGACACUGAAGGCUUAAAGUCACCAGAGCUAGCACAGCUGGACAACAGCCAUGAGCAUGACAAUGAGCUGGCAACACUUGUUGUUGGUCUGAGUGACAUCACCAUUAUCAAUAUUGCAAUGGAGAAUUCAACAGAGAUGAAAGACAUCCUGCAGAUAGUGGUGCAUGCUUUCCUCAGGAUGAAGGCGGUCGGCAAAAAGCCUCAAUGUCAGUUUGUUCACCAGAACGUUUCUGAUGUUUCAGCUCAUGAGAAGAACCUGAGAGACAGGAAGCUGCUGUUAGAACAGCUGAAUGAGAUGACCCAGGCUGCAGCUAAAAUGGAGAAGAAAGAAAAAUAUAAGAGCUUCACUGAUGUGAUGGAGUAUAAUCCAGACACUGGGAACUGCUACAUUCCUGGACUCUGGAAUGGAAACCCACCAAUGGCCCCAGUCAAUGCAGGAUACAGUGAGACUGUUUAUGAACUCAAGAAAAACAUCAUCCAACAGCUGGGAAAAUGUAGGUCACCUUCUAAUAACAUCAUCCAACAGCUGGGAAAGUAUGAGUCAACUUCUAAUAACAUCUUGGAGUUCAGAGAGUGGAUAACCAGCCUGUGGAACGCAGUAAAACAUGAAAACUUCAUCUUCAGCUUCAGAAACAGCCUGGUGGCUGAUGCUUACAUGAGGCUCUGCACAGAAUACAACCAAUGGGAGUGGGAGUUCAAAAAGGAAAUAGUUGAAAAGUGA